AUGAAGGCAUACUGGUACGACAAUAUUGAGGGCGACCAGCGUGAGCCACAUGACUCCGGCCGUGCCGUGUCAGAAGAUAAGCUCGCCUCGCUAGGUGUGCUGUACAAGCACUGCCCGACUAUUGGAGCAGUGGACUCCAUCGCGGCGGAGCGCGGAUACCGUAACCGUGAUGAGAUCUGUGUGUCACCUGCAACGAUGGGUGCUGUGUACGAGGAGAAGGUUAAGUCUUUCUUCUCUGAGCAUUUGCAUGAGGACGAGGAGAUUCGGUAUAUUCUCGAUGGCGAGGGAUACUUCGAUGUUCGUGGGCAGGAGGACGAGUGGAUUCGUAUCUGUCUUGUUAAGGGGGAUAUGAUUAUUCUUCCUGCAGGAAUUUAUCAUCGGUUCACUACCAAUGAGCAGAACUACGUUAAGGCGAUGCGUCUUUUCCAAGACGAGCCUAAGUGGACACCGCUGAACCGUGGUGCCGAGGUUGAUGCCAACCCGCACCGGAAGACCUAUCUGGAGAAUGUUCUCAGUCCUACUGCGGCUGUUUAG